UUAAAUUUUUCAUGUGCGGUCCUCAAGCACUUUUUGCAAUUGAUAUUGUAUUCAAUAUUUAAUUUAAUAUUGCGUGAUGUGUUUAUAAAUUACAAACUCGCUUUCCAUGAACAGCGUCCGAUUUUGCUGCACCGUUGCUAUGGUGCGCAAAUUCAUGCUACAAGCCGACAGUGACAAACAUAUACUUGAAGUGUAAAUGCAAACGCAAUAGGGCAAAAAAAAAAAGAACAGAAAAGAUAUAUACAGACAAAACAAUUUAAUAAUAUGGAGGAUAUAGAAAUAGAAUAUCUUGAUGAGUACAAAGAUUUGGUUCUGCCAGGCAUCAAAACAAGCAGCGAAGGACGCGCGUCGAAUCAAGCGUUGAUGCGUUUGCCGCAACGCCGACGUAUUUCGUCGGACUCGAGUGGUUCCUCGUCAAUAGAUCCGGAUAUUUUUCAGAAACUAUUUGACGGCAAGUUUCUGGACGACGAGCUGCUCACUGAAAGUGGCACAAAUGCAAAGGGAAGAUUUCGGCGUCGAUUAAGUUCCUCAUCGAGCGACUCCAACGAUGCUCUGGAUGCAUUGUAUAAUCGACCAAGCAGCCAAUUCAGAAAUCAUAGGCGCGAUCGCUUAGAAUCUUACGAUUCCAUAGAUGAUUUGGGUGAUGCGCUAAUGGGCCAAACACACAAAUCGCAGUCAAAGUCGGCUGACUUUGCGGCAGCAAGGAAGUCACUUAGUGAAGGCUUGCAUAGAAGCACUGGCAGCGGCAUUGGCAAGUCGAAGAGUGCUGACUAUAAGCUACAGGCAAACAAAUCCAAUUUGUCUGAUCAUUUAAAGCCACGGAGCAAGGCUGACAUCUUUAAGACCGGCAAUAGGCCCAACGGCAGCAGCAGCAGCAGUACAUCCUCCAACACUCAUAUGCUGCCCAACAAGAAGAAAGCUAUAACCAUUAUAAAAGCUAAGAAACCGAACUUGAAGCCGCCUAAGCACGAGCCAAAAGAGGAUCCACUGCAUUUGCAGGACUUCUCAGAUGACUCGGACAGCGAUUCGUCUUAUGAAUAUGAAUCGGAUUUUUACGGCUAUGGCGAUUCAGAUGACGAUGGCGAGGGAUCUAAGCAGGUUAUUGAUAUAUCGACGGAUAGCAGCACGGCUACAUCAUUGGCGGACACUGUGACACCUGUUGUUUCCGAAGACGAGAGCCUGCAGCAGCAGCAGCAGCACAUGCCAUACGGCGAUAAUGAGCGACUGCAAUUGUAUUUAAAUAAUCUAAGUAGUGCCGAAUCGCCACCAUCUAAACAUAAAUACACAACUAAUGCUAAGAAAUCGCGUUCCCAUGAAAAACAGUCUACGACUACAGCGCAAACAGAUAACGAUCAGGUUAAUGAUUCCCUUAAUCAAGCGGAGGCAAAGGCUGAGGAGCAGUUUGACGGCCCCUCCAGCAGCACAGGUCGACGGAAAAGCUGCAACGAGUCAGAAAAAACGUCUCGCGCCGAUUACGUUGAUGUUAAUUUAACGUACGAAACCUUAGAGCGCUUAAGCCUCAGUCUCGCCGAACAAAUCAUUAACAUUGAUGUAGAGCGCUCCAAGGAGUUCGAAAAACGUUCCGCUUCCAAGCCGCGCAGCACAUCUAACUCUAAACUAGUGGGCCCAACAGUUGGCUCUUCUUUCUCUAAAAGUCACGUUCGCAAGCUCACAUACUCUAGCGAGAAUUUAGAUAAGCUUGCACCGAAGAAAACCGAGCUGCGUCGGGCUAAAAGCGACAGCGCUUUUCCGAAGCGUGGGCAUCGUCAGCAGCCAAAGACCAGGGCCGCCACCACAGAGGAGCAGAACAAAUGCGAGCCGCUGUCGCUGCCAACGUUAAGCAAUGCUGAAACAAAAGAGCAAGAACCGAAAAAUGAGAGUAAAAUAGAAAAAGAAGCUCCCACGAAGCCAGAAAAAAUAAAGCGCAAGCGUGGGAGACCGAGGAAGAAACGAAAUAUGGUGAAGACAGAAGUGAAUGAUGCUGUCUCGGAGAAUCUGACUGAGCAGGCUAGUGUAGUUCCGUCAGAAAAUGAAAAUAAAACUGUCAAGGUGGACGAAGACAUAAACUUGAAUUUAACAACCGGCGAAUCGGCGUAUAAAACUCCUGAAAAGUCAAAAACGGCACCACCGCCAGAAGAAUUAGGCUCUCCAUGCGCUGCGUCGAAAAAACUGGCGGAUGCAGAAUUAAAAUUUUCGAAUAAAAAUCAACAAGAAGAACAAGACUUUAUAACAGCUCCAACCGAUGAAGCAGAAACAAAUAAGGAAUUGAGAACUCAAUUAGACCUCGGGGAAACAGAAGACAAUUCAACUUCAGCGUCGUUUAAGCUUCAAGAGACAUCAAACGAUUCGUUCAAAAGCGCGUGCGGAGAAUUCUUGCCUCACAGCCCUGCUGAAAAAGUAGAAUUAACACGGGCAAUUGAAGCAAAGGACAACAUUUCCAGAAAACUAACCGUUGGGGAGAGACUGAUGGAUACGGAACUAGAAAUUGAUAAGAGCACACGUCUUGUCAAUGUUGGAAAGUGCCUUGGGGAAAACAGUGUUAGUCAGAGCAAGGCGCAAGGAAGUGCUGGGCAAUGCAUAGGAGAAGACGGUGUCAUUCAAGAACGUGCUUUUAAAAAUGAAAGUGAAAUUGUAAAAAUGGGUGCAAAUGAUUCUGAAAAGGAAGAUACCGAAGAUACGGAAAUUAAUAUGCGGGAUACAGCUGACCAAGAGGGAACGGAGCAGCUAGCCCUGGACGAAAUGUCACCUCAAGGAACACUCGAUAUUGAGGUGUCUAGAGAUAGAGUGCCUGAUAUUGAAACAUCCAAUGGGAAUGUGGAUGAAAAAGUAACAGGGGAAGAACCUGUAAAAAUAGAUAAACCAUCUGAACCGACAUUGCCUAUCAAAUCGUUGGAGAAGAAUACAGAUAAUUUAUCUGAAAAGGACAAAGGUAUUACUGAAAAAUCUAAAGAAAGUAAAGAAAGUUUAAAAGCUGAGCUAGACAUGCCUGAAGAAGUAACUACUAAAGAUGAUUUUCAACAAGCUGACGAGGAAACGGUUGAUAAUCCAGGUGAUAAACCUCUAUUGACAAAUCCCAUUACAAAUAUCCAAGCUGAAAAUAACCAUUCAAAAGCGAAUAAGUCGGAUAACCCGGAAAGCACAAUGAAAACGCGACGCUCUGUAUUGGCCAAGGCUAGUCCUUGUCCAGAGAAUAUGUCUCCCGUAAAAUCGACAGGUCGCGAGAGUCGUAGCACAAAGCGAUUGCUUAGAGGCGACACUAACUCGGUUGUAACCACCAGAACACAGUGGCGCAAUAGCCCAAGGCUGUUAGAAAAGUCACCAACUGGAAGCGAUGCGUCUGCAAUAUCGAAAGUAAUCUGUAAAGAUCAAAAAGAGAAAUCUAUCGGCGACCUGUUAGCCACAAAAACACCCCAAAAAUCAAAUGUUGAGAAUAGUAUAGAAAGAAAAACUCGGAAGUCCAAACACGAGAUACCAAAACAAGAGGAAUCCUUAAACGACAGGCCACAACGCAGCUCAAAACCGUCAACGUCUGAAGCUACUGAAAACAAGGAAUCGGAAGCAAUUGAUAAAAAUCACAAGAAGCCGAAACAAUCGCCGGCAAGAGCUCCUAAACUCAAUGAUACUAAUAAUACAUCAAAAGAAAGAAAAUCUCGCAGGUUAAAGCAUAGGUCAAAGAUCGAAGAAUCGCCAUCAAAUCAGAUGGAAACUGAAAUAUCACAAUCGGAAUCUUUACAUAAUCCAUCGGCUUUGAUAUCAGAAUCCAUUGAUGAAGUCAAUAAUGAGGAUUCCUCAACGAAGGCUGUGAUUCAAAGUGUAUCAUCAGCAUCUGAGAGUGAGGUUAAUAACACAAAGGGAACUUAUACUGAAAUGAGUUCGACAGUGGACCCAGUUAUUCUUUCAUCUGCAGAUGCUCAAUUGGCAACAGCCGUUGAAGCUGAAGCUGUUUCAGAGCACGAACUCCCCACAACAACGGAAUUCAAUGAUAAGCUAAAGACUCCUUCUAACGAGGACCAACCAAUUCCAGAAAAUCCUCUAGUUGUGGUUAAUAAAGACGAAGCAACCUCUGAAGGACAAAAGGAUACAGAAGAAGCACGCGCUUCCGACAUUGUAAACAGCUUUGAGGAGUCAGCGAAGGUGAAACUUCGUGGAGUAUUAGCUCGAGAAGUGAGAGAUCUUAUACAGGAGGCAAAGGAAUGGGAAGGCGAGUCAAUUGAAAGUCGUGGCCGAUCCACUCGUUCAAGAGUGGAAACUCCAAUUCCAUUAAAAGGGAGACGCGUUAGAUCAAGGGAACCAAAGUCCGCAGAGCGCCCAGCUAAAGAUCAAAAUAAAACCGCAGCAGAAACUGAACUAGCCCCAAGCCACAGUACAGCCAAGGAAGCGAUCAAGAAAACCAAAUUCGAAACGGCUGAAAUCGUUAAUGAACCAGCAACGCCACUUAAAGCAGACGCAAAUGUUCAGUCGGAAGUUGAAAAAACCAGCAGUGAUAUUCAGGAAUCAAAUGCUGAUGAACACAUAGAGAAACCAGCUCCCAGAUUUGCAAAGCAGAGGCGCAGGGCAGCCAAAAAUAUGAAAAAUCAAACAGACACUGUAGAAACCGAACCAGUGCCCACUAAUUCAGUUACGCCAAAGAUUGCACCGACCAAUAAUUCCAGUACAUCAUUUCCAAGCACACCCAGCACAUGCUCUUCAGGCAGUUCACGCCGUAAGCUGCGCGUUUUACUUAGGAAGGUAGUGCCACGCUCUAAAAUUAAUUUUAGCCAGAAACUUGAAAACGUACAGGAAGGCGAUGAAAUUCUUAACUCGUCUUCAGAUCAGCAGCUUGAAGACAUCGCCUUGAAACGAGUUUCUGUGGAAAAUCCACUCGUCAAUCGAGGAGAUUCGGCUGUUAAUGCAGAUUCAGCUGAUCAAGUUGUGGAUAACAUUGCUGACCCAUGCACAGCGCAAGCUGAAACCGAUAAGACAGACGUUGAGGCUGAAGGUUUAACUCAAAGUGAGCCGGAUGAGAAUUUAACGGAUCUACCUACCGGUCAAGGUGAAGUUAACCUCGAAGGUGACUCAUUUGAACCUGAAAUAGACCCAAUCCAGAAAAUCGAAAAAGCUGCAGACAAUACUUCGAUUGGGAGGGAAGUGCCUCUUAGUGAUAAGCAGCUAAUUUCAACGGAGAAUGCUGACAAGGAGUUGCGUCCAGAGAAGGAGCCUACUGACCAAGAUCAACAGCAAACUGAGACAGAGGCAGCGAAUGAAGAGCAGCAACAGGAGGAAAAUUCUGUUGACGAGGAUCAACCGCAAAAUGAAGUGGAAAUUGCUAACGAACAGCAGCAUACGGAGAGCGAAGCUGCUGAAAAGAAUGAGCAGCAAAAUAAUAUGGAAAAUUCAUACGAAAAUCCGAAACCGGAGAAGGAAGCUCUUGACGACGCUCAACAGCAUUCAGAGGAGCAGCCAAAAGGAGAUAAUAAUGAUAAUUCAUGUCCGACAAAAACAACAGGUGUCACGGGAAAUGUUGACGACGACGAAGAGAGGUGCACCGAUUCCGUGAGCUCUAAUCGAAAGCUCAAAAAUCGCGAAAUGGAUGCCUCCCAGCCAGACGCAGCCGCCAAACGCAAGAAAAUGCUGCAGGCAAAGGAAUCAAACGGAAGUAAGGGAGCUAGUAGCAUCACAGCUAUGGCACCGCCAGCGCCGCCUAAAAGGGAGUUGUCUACUGGUAAAGCAGUGCUGCGACGUCUGGGAAAGCCUUUGCAGGCUGAUGUGCAGCCUACACAGAAGCGUCGGAAGCUCGCAAGCUCAACUGUAGAGCCUCAGGCCAAGGCUAGUGACAAGGAGCCAUCUUCGAUACGCAAAGCUAUGGAGGAGCUAAGAGGCAAGGCUAGGAAACAAAUGUUAACUGCAGCAGCUGACAAAGCGAGCACAGCGCAUAAAAAUGCCAAAAAGUCCUUGCCGCAAGAAGCCAAGCAAGGUUUGGACUUGGGUCAAACGGCAACAAAGCUCAGCAGGAAGCCAGAAGCAAACAAGACGCCGCCAUUGAAAUCGAGUUUGUCAUCGUUGCUAAGCGGCGAUGACUCAAUGACGAUAGACAACUCGGUAAUAAUUACCAAAACUGCAAUAACAAAUACAACGGAACCAUUCAAGAAGAUGGAAACACCAUCAACUCCUAUCAGUGGUAUAAACAUCUCCGUCUCAGUGGUGCCUGACGCCAAUAAGCCGGUGAGUUCACCGCCCAAAAAGACGUUAACUCAAGCCGAAACUGUAAGGAAGAUGAUUUUAAUGAACACACCCUCAAAGACGGCUGAUGAGACGUUGGUAGCGAAAGAACCUGCAGCUCCAAGUGUUCCCGAAAAGACCAUGGCACCUACAGACUCUGGCAAAAAGCUAAAAACCCGUAAAUCGGAGGCUGCCGUAAGCACAACAGACAAGCGAGUCUCUCUACCUGCCAAAAUAUCCUUGCCCCGAAUAGCAGGGAAAACAAUAGCUCCUAUUGAAGCUGUCAAGAAACCCCUAUCAAAAGUGGAAACUGGUGAAAAAUUGGAAACUAAACAGGCAGAACUGACAGCCGCAGGACUCUCAGCAGAAGUACUCCUUAACCACUUAACCACCUUCACCAGAAAAUCCUUUCCACAGGCGCAAGCGAAAAAGUUGGAAGCAACUGCAGCACCUGCAGUCAGCACUAGCUUUGAUGAUAAGGAAAUGGGGGUGUCUGGUGCAGCUACAGAAAAACAGUCUGAAGCGAAGCCCAUUAACAAAAUGGAAUUGCGAAAAGUCGCUAACAAAUCGUUUGGAAAAUCCAAGUCAAAGGAGUCGUUGGCAACAGCAGUGGAACAACAACCUACUCCUAUAGCAACGAAUCCCAGCUCGGACUCCCGCGACUCGUCCAAUGAGCGUACAAAGCGCUCUUCCCGCAUGACAAAAUUAUCGCUGACGAAUUCAAAGACUUCGACACCGGUAACACGCGCCUGCAGUCAAAUACGUUCCACGACUGCCACGCCCACGAUUACGCCUACACAACAACGCAAUGCCUCCAACGAGCGACAGCAGCUGACAUUGCCGCAACUAGUCGGGCAGCUGCCGCCAAAGCCGCAACGUCAAUCCCGCAAGAGUCUCAAACUGGCCGCUGCUGAGCCUCAGGCGCCGCAGCCUGAGCCUCAGAUCCCCGAUGUGGUGCCAGUUCCGCAGUCGCGUAAGCGCAAGCUCCCAGCUAAGCCCGUUACGGAGUUAGCAAAUGUUAAGCGUUCGAAGGAGCAGCCAGUCAUACCGGACACAUCAAUUGCGUUCCCAGUGCGAAUUACUGCUGCUUCCACUGCCACUGACAUUGGCAGUGAAAAAGCGGUCCCUGUACUAGAACCGAUUGCUAAAGCACCAGCACCUCCAAUAACACCGGAAAAGCCAGUUCAAAAACCCAAGGAGCUGCAAUUGGCUCCGCAGCCAUUACCGCAGAAAGUGCGCAAGUUGCGCGUGCGUCUGAAUCGAAACGUGAUUAAAAACUGGGUUUUGGGUCUGCAACAAAUAGAGGCACCACCAGAACCAGAGCAAGCACAGCCAGUGCAGCCAGUGGAGCCGCCAACAGCUAUAGCUCCUCUACCCGAAACUGCCGCAAUUCCACCGGCAAAGGAAGCAGAGCCAGUCAUAACUAGAGCCCAGCCGGUUGCCGAAACGCAACUGCCCAAGGCUCCGUUUGUUAGGUCCAUGCCCUUGCCAGUGCCGCUACCAGUUCUGGAAGUAAAAGCGGAGCAGGUAGAAAUGGAAGAGCAACAACAGAUCUUGCCCCCAGUGGGAACGGUGCAUAUGGAGGUUGAUGUACCCGUUCCAACUCUAUCACAAGUUGCAGCGAACAUUUCCUGCUCCGUCAACACCUGCGCGGCUCCAACGCUUAUUUCGAUGGCGCCGACAACGCAUACGGAUAUUAAUGUGCCCACCACCACAAACAGCACCAGGAGCAACGCCAUCAGCAGCACCACCAUUAGCAGCACGACCAUCAGCAGCAACGCCACCAGCAGCACAAUUACUUCAGCGAACAGCUCAAGCGAUCAGCACACGUUUGGUACAACGAAAAUGUUUUCGUUUUUGUAUCCGUCACGCUAUCAGCGCUCCUACGGCCACGUGGGUCUUGACUUUUGCUGUCCAAACCUGGACGGGCCGAUGCAGGCCAUUGAUCCGACACGGCUGCAUUCGAAAGUGGAGGUGCCGGUGCUGGAGCUGCCACAGUACAUGGUCAUCUCGACAAAGAUCAUCUCGAAGCAGGACAAGAAUAUACCGCAAAAGGUGCGUGCCAAACUCGAGCAGCUGGCGGCCAAGGAUGCGUUACCCUGUGCCAUUCAAACAACGGCGUCGUCGACGACAGCUGCCAUAGCAACGUCCACUGCGCCCGCAGCUACGCACGUGCCCAGUGCGCCGCCAAGUUCGAGCAACAUUGAACCGCUGGCCAAGCAGCAGCCGCCACGUAACACGAGCUUGACCAAAAAAGUGCAUCCGCCAAAUGCUGCUGCAGCUGCACCGGGCACCGGGCACACAGUGGCAAGCUCACAAUCUGUGGCCAGCCUGGUUCCGGAACUGCUGCAGCUACCGCCCAUUUGCCCCACCGACAAGCUGCGGGUGGAGCUACAGACACGCGUUCAACUCUUCGAUGUAGUGCUGCAGAGUCUGGCCAGGCGAGCUGUUUCAAUGAGCGUGUCGGAGCGGCAGCAGGUCAUAGAGAGUAUUGUUAGGACAAGCACACUGCUACCGAUUGAUGUGGACGUGGGCACCAAGCUUCUGGAAAACUAUGUUUAUUAUAUAAAUGCCGUCACCAAUACCAUUUCCGCGCCCUUACCACAAAUCCGGGCCAUUGUCAAGGCUACUACAUCAACGCCCAACUCCACACCAGCCAGCACCAGUAACUCGGUGCUGGGCAAGGCACUGAAUACAACUCAUGCUUCACCAGCGGUAGGGGUAAACACUCCACCACUGGCAGCCGGUAGUCUGCGGCAGGCGGUAUCAGCGCCAACUUACAAGCCCCCCGCCACCAGUCGACCCAUUUACGAUAAGGACAAGAACAUCAUUGGUUAUCAGUACAAAACGCCUAAGUUAACCUUAGGCUCAACGCCAGUGCGUGCUCCAGCUGCGAGCAGCACGCCACGUGGAUCAACCGCCAGGGGCUCUUUGCCAGCAGCAUCGGGAAUAGGAACACCAGCUGCAACCGUCACCCAACAGCAACGUUCGCGGAUCCUCAUGAUGCCGACUGGAGCCAACAGCAAGCUUGUCGGAGCCAGCUCGGCGGCAACACCAGUUGAAGCUGCGAGUGUCGCGAAGAGAGUCGGGUCUGGCACCAUUAUUCCGUUUAACGCAUCCCCAGCGCAGAAGACCUAUGCACGUUCCACGAAGACCUCGUCGCACGUGGCGCCCACAAAUUUGUCGACAGACAUAGCGACGCCCGUCGGCGUAGUGAACGGGGUGCCUGUACUGGGAACAAAAGCGACAUCUUCGUCUGCGUCGGCAGCACCCGCAAUUGCAAGCAAAGAGGGCGGAUCUAAUCGUAAUGUGUUCAUCGUCAACCAGGUCCUCUCGCAGCCGGAGGAAUGCAUAUUGCCAGAUACGAUUCGGGCGACGGAUGCAGCUGCCGAGAUAAAGGGCGAGGUGGAGGAUGCGGAAAUAUUAACUUAAGCUAAAAAUAUUAAGGAAAAACAUAAUUAUAAACAAAACAUAAAACUAUGAAAAGUAUUUUAAGUUACUUUACCAAAAGCACGAAACCCAUAUUUCACACACAGAAAACAUAUGUAAAACAUUUUUUGUGGGCUUCGUGAAAGAUUGUUGAAUUUCAGCUCUCCCAUUUACCAUAAUUUUUUUAAAAUAAUAAUAUAACAAUAACUUAGUAACUGGAAGAAGCAUGAA